CUCCUCCCGUCAGCCAACAUGUAUUUAAGCUGCUACCCAUAGCAAUAUUAAUAUUAGGACAGAGAUAUACAGUCUCAGAGCUGCAGUAUAGCAGUUAACCAGAGCUCUGAAGUCACUGUAAUCAUUCUAGAAUAAAUCGCAAUUGCACUCAAGCGAUCGUGUUUACUUUCAACUCAUAAUAACAGCGCGUUACUGUUCUAUCGCUCUUUGACACCCACUGCCUCUAUUUUCUUCUGUGGUCUUUGGAAAACAACAUACUCAAUACGGAGCUGAUCAGCAUGGAACCCACCAUCUAUAAGAAGCAAGAGUCAGCUAAGAGUGAUGAUGUUCCUGAGUCGUGCCUUUUACCUCACUCUCACCGUACCAGCAGCGUGAGGAGCAUUGCACAGAUACUGGAGGGAGGAGGAGUGUGUGGAAUUCCCACUGACACUGUGUACGCUCUUGCUGCUUCCUGUAAACACCCAGAUGCUAUCAGCAGGAUCUAUACCAUAAAGGAACGACCAUCAGAGAAGCCCAUCUGUAUUUGCAUCUCUAACUUGGAACAGCUGAGAGCAAUUGAACCUCCAUUCAGUCCCCUCCUCUGGAGGUUCAUGGACAUGGUCUACCCAGGGGGCAUUAGCUGCAUUGUACCAAAAGGAGACUGGCUGGAAAGGCUAGGUGUAGGUGUAGCUUACGACAAAGUUGGGACACAGGACAACAUCAUGAUACGGGUUCCAGACCACACAGUUACUGCUCACUUAACAGACAUGACAGGACCCCUAGCCAUUACUUCAGCUAAUCCAAGCGGGGAGAUUGACAGCACCCACCAUGACAUGGUCAUAACGCGCUUGAGUCACAAGUUAGAUGCUGUUCUCUGUGAUGGAUAUUCCAACGAACUUGUGGGGUCCACUGUAGUAAACUGUACAAAGAUGGAUGAAGGCUCUGUCACAAUACUGCGUGAAGGCUGUGUGCCCGCAGCAAAGAUCAUGCAGCUGUUUGAAUGUGCAAAAAACACACAAGAUGUGCUAUAAGCCAAUGGAAAACCAUUAUCCAGAAGUUCGGGAUUCUAAAAUGGUUGCUUGGUAUCAUUAUUCGAAGUCAGGAUUUGAAAGAUUAUUGUAAAAAAAAAAAAAACAUGAAAAGAAAAAUAGCUUUAUUUUUCCAACUGUCUAAAAGGAUUAAUUUAUUUAUUUUUGUUGUCUGUAAACUAUAAUUAUUUGAUAGCAGAAUACUAAAUUUAUAUGAAUGAUAUAAAUGUAUUAUUAUGUUGAUAUAUUGAAUGUUUUCUGAUAAAUACAGUGAUAAUUUAUGUAUUAUGAUAUGGUGCUAGAUGAAAAUAUAUUAGCAGAAUAAUUACAUUUCAGCAGUUUAUUCUUGCAAGUGUAUUUUCAGAUUUUUUUUAUUAUUUAAUGUACUGUACAUUGAAAAAAUAAAUCAGUUUUCAUUUUCA